AAAUUUUGGUGGAAGCCGAGUAUCUCUCGGUCGACCCGUACAUGCGCGCUUACAACACACACCUACCCCUGGGCAGUACAAUGCUUGGGGGACAAGUGGCGAAAAUUAUCGAGUCAAAGAAUCCAGAGUUUCCAGUUGGCAAACGGAUUCACGGGUACUUUGGCUGGACGACUCACAACGUCCUGAAUCCCGAUGAACCGUCGAAGGACUUAUUCAACGCCAAACCGUACAUUGUGCCCGAUUUUGGGGAUUUGCCGGCUUCGCUUGCCCUGGGGAUGCUCGGGAUGCCCGGAAACACAGCUUUGUACGGAUUCCUGGAGAUAUGCAAGCCAAAAGCCGGCGAAACUGUGGUGGUAACUAGCGCUGCUGGUGCAGUGGGGUCUCACGUUGGACAAAUAGCAAAGAUGCACGGUCUCAAAGUUAUCGGUAUUACCGGUUCAGCGGAAAAAUGCAAAUGGCUCGUUGAUGAUUUGGGCUUCGAUCACGCGAUCAAUUACAAGACCGACGACGUCGCUGCUGCUCUGAAACAGGCUGCUCCCGACGGAGUCGAUUGCUAUUUCGACAAU